AUGGCGUGCAAUGACGCUCGCAGCUCAGUGUAUUCAAUCGGAGAUUUCAUCCGGAGUUUCAGUGACGAUUACGGAGGUUUGUGUCGCCGUGCGGGUAGGAGAGAUAAGGGCUGUGACACAGGGGUGGAGGCCAGGUACUGUACUGAUGUUGCAAGCUUGGUUUUCAGCUGUGAGACAGCAGGCAGAGAGCCUCCGUUCUCACCCCUACAGGUGAGGGGAUGCCAAGGGAAGCCACAUGCAGUGACUACCACCACUGAAGACCUGAAAUCAAACAUCGACCACAUGCAGCUUGUUCUUCUCUGUAGAGAACAAGACUUCAAGUCAUUCGGACAGGAAAUUGUCUUCAGCCCACUGAUAAAGGAUCUGAAAGAGCUGGAGGACAGUGGCAUUGUUUUGAAUAAUGGCAAAGUCAUCAAAGGUUUUGUAUGUGCGAUAGCUGGAGAUAAUCUCGGCUCUCACUGUAUUGGUGGCUUUGUGGAAAACUUCAGCAAGAGUUCCCAUUUCUUGACCCUGACUGCCAUCGAACCCCCCGACCUAAUGUUUAAUCCCGUCACACAGGAUCCUUCAUCUUCUCAAUCCCGCUCUACCUCUCCAAGUCCGUUGAGCUAUGAUAGCUCCGGCAUGACAGUGAAUUUAAGUUCCUGGCCUGAAAUCUUCACUUUUCCUUGGAACAGAAUGCCUACUGGUAUCAGAAACGCCAUUGCGCAGGAGACACGUCCCUCUGCUAAAGACCGCAGGGAAAUGGUACGGGUGGUUGUUGAUGAUAUGAGGCUGAGUGCAUUAAAUCCAUCAAAGUCUCAGUGCCAGACAGUGGCCAGGAAGAUUGUAAGGGAGCAUCCCAAAAGCUUUGCAGAUGUCAUGAAAGAUGGCACUCUAAUUGGCAGCGGCUUUGGAUCCCUUGCGACUCAGUUAAAAACACGGGUAGAGCAUGUUAAUCGUGGGAGCAUUCUCUCUAGACGAAGGAAGUCAAAAAAUGUCUCAAAAUCACCUGCAGAUCUAGCUAGAGGACCAGCUGACCAAUAUGGCUGCGUAAGAUGGCAGCCUGACUGUCCAGUGGACGAAACUGAAGAAAGUCUCAAAGAUAAACAGAGAGAAAUGAAAGACCUCUACAGCACUGAGGGGCCAUCUGGUGCAGAUAGAGGACAUUUGACUCACUUAAUGAAAGCAACCUACUACUUGCAAAGAAAAACUAUCAAUGCCAGCCCACCCCCUUCGAUCACUGAGCUGAAGAAUCAAUGGCCAUAUCUUUUCACACCAAAAGAGCUUUACAGCCAUUUCCAACUGCUUACUGACAUUGACAUACUGCAUAAAAUGGAGCAGGCCGUAGAAGACAAAGGGAAGCUGAUCCUCAAGUUUUUUGAGAAGAAGACAGCAGGGCCUAAUGCAGAUGAGAAAGAGCGCAUCUUGGUCAAGUACAGCGAAGACAAGUGUGAUCCAUUCCCAUGUGUGAUCCUCCUGCUUAUGGCUCACUUCAAAGAGAACCCUGACGAACUCAUUUUGCAGACAGAUGUGUUGGGAACCGCAGCUGAUGCCGAAAGAACACUGCUGCUUCCUGACUCUCCAAGACUAAUUGUCUUAGGUGAAGUGCUCACAUCAAAGGAGUGGAUGCUGAGCAUCGAGGGGCAGGUGGUUGUGCCUCCACACCCCAACUUUUCGGCAGGACUGGCAGCGCUGUUUUCAUCCUACUACAGCUUCAAUCUGGUGUACCAGGAGCAAGCUGCAUGCACCUUGGAAUUCAUCCAAAGAUGUUUCGUUGGAAUCAACCCCAGCAGUGGCACGAAAACAGCAAAGCUGAAGAACACCAUCAAUCCUCAUGUCUCCUCCCUGCUGAGACGGCUGAUGGACUAUGAAUGGCUUUCUGCUUAG